AUGACCACUCCUCUUAGAUAGAAGUUUAAUAUUGAGGAUUGUUCAGAAUCAGAAAAGGAAGAAACCCAAAAGAAAUCAUCUGAAAAUUAACCCUUAUUUUAAACAUCCUUAUUUGAAACAACAAAUACCAAACAAUUAAAGAAGAAACCAUUAGCCAAACUGACUCUCCAAGAUUUCUUAACAAAUUAUGAUCAAAAUUUUGAUGAUGUUUUUGGAGAAAAAGAACUAUAACCUAAAGAACAGGUAAAUAAAAAGAAGAAGAAGAAACCAGCAUAAAAGAAAAAACCAAGAUCUGAUUCUGAAUCUGAAUUUAAAUCCAUGCCUAAAAAGGAACAGAUUGUAGAUUCUGAAUAAUCAAACGAAAAACAAAUUGAAUAUACUCUUGUAAAAGAACAAACAUAGAGGAAUUAGAAAAAACAUAGAUUAACAAAAAUUAAUAGUAGUAAAUUAACAUCUGAAGAGAAAUCGAAUGAAGUCAAAAGAUAUGAUCCAAAUUCUGUUGAUCUACCAGAAAACACUAAAGCAGAGAAGAAGAAUUUCAAAUUGAGAAAAUUUCUAUUUAGCUUCGGUUUGGAACAAUAAAAUCCUGAAGAUGAUUAAGAAUAAGAAGAAGAAAAGGAGGAAUAAGUUGAAGAAUAAAAAGAAAGUGUUAAAGAAUUGAAUAAUAAAAAGAAAGAUAAUAAUACAAAUGAAAAUAAUGAUAAUUAAAUAGAAUAAUUGGAUAUUGAUUAAAUCGAAAAUAAAAAAAGGAGAAAAUAACCUAAAACGCAGAAUAAUAAGUAAUAAGAAAAAGAAAAAGUACAAAAAUAACCAGAAGUAGAUCUUAAAACUAUGCUUAAUCUUGAUACUUUGAAAUAGAAUGUCUACAUUCCAGAAUGCAAUCCUAAAGAUAAUGUUGAUGAUAUUAAUUAAUGA